AGCAAAAAGCUUCAUCAAACUCAGUAAUAGCAUAAGCAAAUCCUAAGGAAUAGAAGAAAAAUGGCGAGAUACGACAGAGCGAUUACCGUGUUCUCACCGGACGGCCAUUUAUUCCAAGUGGAAUACGCCCUCGAAGCCGUUCGUAAAGGUAACGCCGCCGUUGGCGUACGCGGCACCGACAUCGUUGUUCUAGGCGUCGAGAAAAAAUCCGCCGCCAAACUCCAGGACUCACGAUCGGUUAAGAAGAUUGUGAAUUUGGAUGAUCAUAUUGCAUUGGCAUGUGCUGGACUCAAAGCCGAUGCUCGUGUCCUCAUAAACAGGGCUCGGAUCGAAUGUCAAAGCCAUAGGCUGACUGUUGAAGAUCCCGUUACGGUCGAGUAUAUUACUCGUUACAUUGCGGGUCUUCAGCAGAAGUAUACUCAAAGUGGAGGUGUUAGACCAUUUGGUCUCUCGACUCUGAUUGUUGGCUUUGAUCCAUAUAGCGGUACACCGGCACUAUAUCAAACUGAUCCGUCAGGGACAUUUUCCGCUUGGAAAGCUAAUGCAACUGGGAGAAACUCAAACUCGAUACGAGAGUUUCUAGAGAAGAACUACAAGGAAACUUCCGGGCAAGAAACCAUUAAGCUUGCAAUUCGUGCAUUGCUCGAGGUUGUUGAGAGUGGGGGAAAGAACAUCGAAGUUGCUGUGAUGACAAAGGAACAUGGUCUUCGGCAGCUUGAAGAAGCUGAAAUCGAUGCCAUUGCAGCCGAGAUCGAGGCAGAGAAGGAAGCAGCCGAGGCUGCAAAGAAGGCCCCUCCAAAGGAAAAAUGAUGAAGCAUCAACUGUUUAAGCUAUCAUUUCCUUUUUCUUUUUUUUCUUUUCUGGUCUGACUGCUCAAUUUCUGCAAUUGAAGUUUCAUUUGCCAUUGUUGGCAUUUUA